GGUUCAAUCACACUGGCCAUCAAUUGCCCAAUCCUGAAGUAGACUGUGAGCUAGAACACGAAAGCGAAGGAAUAAACAUUCAAUAUACAUUUUACACAAAAAUGGAGGAAGGAGACGUAAAAAAAAAACAAUUUUGUUAAUCCGCGGGUGCUGAACCGCGACAAUGCGUGGUCGACAAGACCAUCUGAUGUUUCAAACGUGAUUUCCAAGGCACGGAAUGUGACGUCAUGGAGUCGCUGCCGUCCGCGAGGCAUAAUGACGUCAUUGUCCAGCCAGAAGCGGGAGGAGGCGGAGCCAGAGCCGCAGUGUUCAACCACACUGAGCGCACUAAACACCGACCACGUCGGAGGCAAAUUUCAACCGAUUAUUUUCGUAGUCUUCAUCAUCAUGUCGUAGCGGCGGGGCCUUUCCGGAGAACGCUGGUCGCGGGCCAGCCUCGGGAGGAGCGCCACGGCCGGACGGAGAUGCUCAUGGUCGAAGCUACGAGCAUCCACCGUGGACGCGGACGCCCCUUCAUCAUCAUCCUCAUCAUCAUCCCCACCGUCACCAUCAAAAUGGACGCCCAGGACAACACGAGGAGGACGCUCAGGCCUUCAUUAUGAGCACUUUGGAGGCGGUUUAUUGCGCUUGGAUUUGAGCUUUCAUUCCUUUCUGCCCCCGUGCAGUGACAUUCUGACUUUGCGUGUGCGUGUGGAUGCAGCGUGGCCCAGUGUGUGUGGAAGCGGAGGCGGUGGAGGAGGAGGAGGGUGUGGGCGUGCUGAGAUCCACCGCACGCUCAUCUUGGAGCCAUGGCCAGUGAACCCGUCAUCCUCAACGUGUAUGACAUGUACUGGAUAAAUGAGUACACAUCCAAUCUCGGAAUUGGAGUCUUCCACUCAGGAAUCGAGAUUUAUGGCCGAGAAUUUGCAUAUGGAGGCCACCCGUACCCUUUCAGCGGCAUUUUUGAAAUCAACCCGGGCAAUGCCGCCGAGCUGGGAGAGACCUUCAAAUUCAAGGAGGCCAUCGUCUUGGGGACCACCGACUUCACGGAAGAGGACAUGGACAAGAUCAUGGAGGAGCUUGGCAAGGAGUUCAAAGGCAACGCCUAUCACCUCAUGCACAAGAACUGCAACCACUUCUCCUCCUCGCUCUCUGAGCUGCUGUGCGGCCGCGAGAUCCCGCGCUGGGUCAACCGUCUGGCCUAUUUCAGCUCGUGCAUCCCCUUCCUGCAGAGCUGCUUGCCCAAAGAGUGGCUGACGCCGGCCGCUUUGCAGAGCCACAUCAGCUUGGGCCUUCACAAGGACGAGCUCCGCCGCCAGUCCAGCGACGACGAUCCCGACUGCCCGUCGCCGCCCUCGUCGUCUAGGGCCGCUGGAUCAUCCUCUUCCUCCUCCUCGCACAGCUGCCGCCACACCAGGGUGUGAGGGACUGGUGGCGACUCACCUGUGGACUGUUGGACAAUU